AUGGCAGAGGUGUUGGAGGACCCCCAGCCAAGAAACAAUGAUGACAAUGCUGGUGUAGACGAAUUGGACGAGGCACCAGUCAAUCAUGUGGUCACACCAGAGAGGAUCCAGUAUCUUGGAUUGAAACUGGUGGGCUACAAACGCAAACGUUUACAGAAGUCAACGGCACGGGUGAACUUUGAGCGUUUCAAGGGAUUUUUUGGUUUAUCUCCUGUAACUGCUGCCGAGAUUUACCACGACAUGCAAACAACGGAUAUUGAAGAAGCCAAAGUAGAGGGCAGUCGAAUUGAUUUGAGGAAUCUCUUGAUUGCACUUCAUUACUUGUUGAAGUAUCCAACAGAAAGGGACAUGGAAGCUCGAUUUGGCUUCAGCAUGUACUGGUCAAGAAAUUUGGCUUGGGAGUCGAUCGAGAGACUUCGAGCCUUGAAACACGAGAAGAUCAAGUGGGAGGAGGACUUGUGCACAGAUGAUAUCUGGGUCCUGACGGUAGACGGCAUUCACUGCUGGAUACAGGAGCCAAAACAUCCUGUCUGGAGUCAAAACAGGCGCUACUACAGCCACAAAUAUCACAAAGCUGGGUUGAUGUAUGAGCUUGGGAUAUGCCUGAGCACAGGUCGUUUGUUGUGGAUGCGAGGACCCUACCCUGCAGGGACGUCUGACAUUACGGUAGCCCGAACAGGAGGACUUGUCGAGGAACUCCGUCGUCGUGGACAAAAAGCAAUUGGAGAUCGAGGUUACAAUGGGGAACAAAAACAAAUUAGCACACCGAAUGCUCAUGACAACAAGGGGGUGUCGCUAUUCAAAAGACGAGCUCUCAUGCGUCAAGAGAAUUUCAAUGGAAUGAUCAAGCGAUUCAAUGUGACGAGUCAUUGCUUUCGUCACAGUGAAGAACGCUUUGAGCUUGCGUUUGAAGCUGUUUGCGUUAUUUGUCAAUACAAAGUGGAGAACGAAACCCCACUCUACGACGUCUUGAUUCAACAAGUGAAAGACCAAUUUGAAACGAAUUCUGUCACUAGCUAA